CGCUGUUUGACUGUUCGGGUCAGGAUCCCGCGAUGGUUGGGUGCCGAAUGUCAGCACACCUUGAGGAGCUGCGCAUCUUGCACAGGCUGCUGGAGCAUGCCUUGAGCAUGCCGGCCGACGACCAGGAUGUGCUGUGUAUUUGGCAUGAAGUGACGGGCCUGCUGAAGGGCCACCUGUCGGUUUUACUCUUCUUGGUUCAAUCUGGAUUGUUACCAGACCACCGCGUUGGCGACGGCCUUGCCUACCCAUACGCGAUCCUCAACAACUGGUGCCACCAAGCCAGGGAUGACAUGGGUGGAAGGCUGCUGGUGGACGUGCUUGUGGAGGCAGCCUCGGAAAACUUGGACAGUGCCAACAGUUGCCACCCUCUGAGGGAAUGCUACCCUCCACCUAGCCUCCAGAGGGCCACUGAGCUUUACCUUCAGCGUGGCCUUGAAACCUGGGUGCCUCACGCAAUCACUUACUACCUUCUGCUGGACAUCUCUGCUGUCAUCUGUCUCGAAUAUCCAGAGGUCAAGGAAGAACUGGAAGACUUUCCAACUGUGUUCCACUUGGGAGAUGACCUGCAGAGCCUCAUCCAGGGCAUCUGGUACCUCGACCAUGGCAGGCACCAGGAAGGUACACAGAAGCUACUCCAUGCCAAAUCGGUGGUCACCUUGAGCAUGCGGCCGUUAGUGAGCACCCUGUGGACACCCGUGGUGCACCUCCUGCUGCGAUGUGGGCAGGCACCCCAGGCCCUGCGCUGCCUCGACCACAUACAGCCAUUGUCCACACGUGAGCAGAUGUCCCUGUGCCUGGACACCCUGCUGGCCAACUGGCGGGUGGUUGAUGCCCUUGAGCUGGUCCGCAAGCACAGCCAUCUGUCCAGCCUGGAACAGCUGCUUGGCUGCAUUGUUGCCGUGUCCAGAAAGGCUCCUGCAAGGGAGGCACAUGCACUGUUUGAGGAGCUUCUGCGGGUGCCCCUGUCGGUCGCGGAGGAAGAGCAGCUGAUCAACUUUUUCUGCGAGUUGGCCGACCCCAUGUGGUUGUGCCAUGUCACUUUGCACUUUCUGGAGUGCAAGCGGCCACAAGCCGCCCUCUUGCCGACUGCGGGCCUCCGCGAGCUAUUUCGGGAGGGAAGAGCGCAGCAGCCAUACCGGCCUGAUGUGCGCCAACGAGCAUUUGCCACGCUGGAGGUGAUGCAGAGCUUCUUGCGCCUCAUGCCACUGCCAGCAUCACAGCUGAAUGCGGCAGCACGUGUGCGAAGCCAGUCAG